AUGUUUUACCAAUCUUCGAUCCUUGCCAUACUCGCUUUAUCGACUAUAUCGACUUUUGGAUCGCCCAUACCCGCUCCUACACCUAUGGAAACAGGAGGAUUGAAGCAGGCUACAAGGGAUGAAAUCAUCCCUAGACACAAUAAACCUAAACGAGCUUUACCUUCACCUGCGCCUCCUCCAAGGGAAGUCCGAUCUGGCGAACCGGUAUACUCUUUGUAUUUCCAAGGUUCAGGUGUGAUUGAGAACGAUACUAAUCCAGGUAAGAAACACGCAUCAACCAUAACCAUCCCAGGAGCUACCACCCAGAACUCAGCUAUCAAACGAUGUGCAGACCAUGCCGCUCAGACUGAAGAUGGUUAUUUCUCGUUCCAAUUAUAUUACGAUACCCCAUCUUCCAUCGAGGAAGGUUCGUGGAUCUGUACAGCUUAUUACGAGGUUAACACGGAUACUAGCUAUUUCAAUAUUCAAAGACCCACUGCUGGUCCUGUAUUUGGUUAUUCCGUUAAUACAGAUGGUAGCGCAAUCCCAUAA